AUGAAGUACGGAGUAUAUUAUUUGCUUUUCGUUUUAUUUUUAAUUGCUCAAAAAUGUAACUGUGGACAUGCAAAAAAAAGCGUAGAAGACAACAGAGACGACGAUAUCACAGACGAAAUUAAAGAGGAAUCUUUAGAAAUAGCGGGUGAAGCAGAAGUUAGUAAUGUCACAAGUUGCACGAGAAGAAAAAAUAGCCAAAUGCAUGAAAUUAGCAAGGCCAGUGAAAAUCAAUUUCCAUUCAUGGUAGCAAUUAUGUCAUCUCGCAAUGAAUACGUGUGUGCUGGUUCCUUAAUCUCUAAUGGAUUAAUACUUACCACCGCUCAAUGCACUGAAUCUAUAAGUUACGUGCUAGUUAAUACUACGAGUGAUCGAAAAAAUAAUAAUACAAUAUCGUUGCAUAUAAUUAAAAACGAAAAAUUUCCUACUUAUACUGGAAUCCACUCAGUAAAAGAUGUUGCUGUCAUUUAUACCGAAAAACAUAACAAUACAAUUGCAUCAAAAAUUAACGUCAGCAAUUACACUAGCACAAAUACUUUAGGUGGUAUAGAAGCCCUUGGAUUUGGCUUAAACGUUGAUGUUGGGCAUGUAAGAGAACUUCAGUAUGUCGGUGUAGAGGCAAGAGAUGUAAGUGGUGACCAAAUUAAAGGUUACAUCGAUUGCAUUGACACGAAAGUACCUACCUGUUUUAGAGAUAAAGGAGGGCCCUUGAUCUUUAACAAUGAACUCAUAGGCUUAAUAACUACAGGCCAAAAUGAAUGUACAAAUGAAAUUUUUCCAACUUAUUCUAUAAACAAACGAUUAGUAGAGGCACUCCCAGCAUUCACGUUUAAAGCUUGGCUUGAUGAAAAAAUUGCUAAAAAUUCUGAACAAGCAGAAGAACUUUUGGAGAUAUAUCCAAAGAAACCUAUAACGCGAAAGUCAUCGAUCCAUGUAAUGACUAGCGGAGCAGAAUUAAAGAAAAGUACCGUCAUGUCUAUUUUGAUGUUAUUAUGUUUAAAAUUAGAUUAAAAAUUUCCUAAUCCCAAUUGUUUGUCAUAGAUUUUUUAAUAAUAAAGAAAAAAACUAAAAUA